AUGAGACAUUAUCUAUUUUUGUGUCUUUGUUUAUGUUUAUGUCUUUGUUUUAUGUUCUAGGGCUCCAUCCCUAACCCCCUAAUGUUUGCGCGUGACUGAAAAGUUUCAUAAAUUUUUUUUUACGGUGCGCAUUUGCCAGAGCUCUGCCCAGUACUAAAUUUUUUUUCUAAUAUAAUAUAAUUUAUUUAUAUUGAUAUAUACUUUUUUGAUCUUUAUCCUCGUCGAAUCAAUUUAAUUUACCAAAUACCUUUGGGAGACGAUCUUAAUUAGCAGUAAUGUCUAAAAUCACCAGUUCCCACGUUCGUGAAAACGUUAAGAAAUUAUUGGAAUUCUCUACCGAAACCAAAAAGAGAAACUUCUUAGAAACCGUUGAAUUACAAGUCGGUUUAAAGAACUAUGAUCCUCAAAGAGAUAAACGUUUCUCUGGUUCUUUAAAAUUACCUCAAGUUCCAAGACCAAACAUGACCAUUUGUAUUUUUGGUGAUGCUUUUGAUGUUGAUAGAGCUAAAUCUAUUGGUGCUGAAGCCAUGUCCGUUGAUGACUUGAAAAAAUUAAACAAGAAUAAGAAAUUAAUUAAGAAAUUAGCUAAGAAAUAUAAUGCUUUCGUUGCUUCUGAAGUCUUAAUUAAACAAAUCCCAAGAUUGUUAGGUCCAACUUUAUCUAAGGCUGGUAAGUUCCCAACUCCAGUUUCUCACAAUGAUGAUUUAUAUGGUAAAGUUCAAGAUGUUAAAUCUACCAUUAAGUUCCAAUUAAAGAAAGUUUUAUGUUUAGCUGUCGCUGUUGGUAACGUUGAAAUGGAAGAAGAUAUCUUAGUUAACCAAAUUAUGAUGUCUGCUAACUUUUUAGUUUCUUUAUUAAAGAAGAACUGGCAAAAUGUUGGUUCCUUAGUUAUUAAAUCAACUAUGGGUCCAUCAUUCAGAAUUUACUAAGCAAUUUACUCUUGUAAUUUUAGUAGGUUAAUAGGUUAGAAUAUUAAUAUAUUAUUAAAUUUCUGAUUUAAAAAGAAAAUAAUAUCAUUACGAUUGUAGAUUUAAG